AUUGCCUUGGAUUGUGUUGGAAGAAUUUUGCAAUUCUGUGAUCUUUUUGGAUAGGCAAGCAACAUUCUUGCUGGGUCCGUUCUCUUUGAAUCUGCAUUUCAGGACCGCCAUUGUUGCUGCCAGAGAUCCGCCAUGGACAACGUCAAGUCAUGGGGCCUGACGUCCUUGAAGGAGAUUGACCCCGAGGUUUACAACCUGAUUGAGCUGGAAAAGGCGCGCCAAUGGAAGGGCAUCGAGCUCAUCGCGUCCGAGAAUUUCACGUCGCAGGCCGUGAUGGAGGCGCUUGGGAGCUGCCUCACAAACAAGUACUCAGAAGGUCUGCCAGGCGCGCGGUACUACGGUGGCAAUGAGAUUGUGGAUCAGGUGGAAGUCCUGUGCCAAAACAGGGCCCUUGAGGCCUACUCCCUAGACCCUGAGAAGUGGGGGGUCAACGUGCAACCCUACUCUGGCAGCCCUGCGAAUUUUGCGGCUUACACUGCAAUCCUGAACCCCCAUGACCGCAUCAUGGGGCUUGAUCUGCCUUCGGGGGGCCAUCUCACGCACGGAUACUACACCUCAGGGGGGAGGAAGAUCUCAGCCACUUCGAUCUACUUUGAGUCCCUGCCGUAUAAGGUGAACUCCCAGACGGGGUACAUCGACUUUGAGAAGCUGGAGGAGAAGGCGAUGGACUUCCGGCCGAAGCUCAUCAUUUGCGGCGGGAGUGCAUAUCCCCGGGACUGGGACUACGCAAAGUUCAGGGCGAUUGCUGACAAGUGCGGCGCGAUGCUGCUCUGUGACAUGGCGCACAUCAGCGGCCUGGUGGCUACCAAGGAAGCGGCCAGCCCCUUCGAGUACUGCGAGAUCGUCACUACCACCACGCACAAGAGCCUGCGUGGCCCCCGCAGCGGCAUGAUCUUCUUCCGGAAGGGCCCUAUGCCCCCCAAGAAGGGCCAGGCCGAGGGCGCAGUGUAUGACUUUGAAGACCGCAUCAACUUUGCGGUGUUCCCCAGCCUGCAGGGUGGCCCCCACAACCACCAGAUUGCUGCUCUGGCGGUCGCACUCAAGGCCGCGCAGACCCCCGCCUUCAAGGAGUACAUCAAGCAAGUCAAGUCGAACGCGGUUGCCCUGGCCACCGCUCUCACUGGCAAGGGCUACAGCCUCGUUACGGGGGGCACCGAGAACCACCUGGUGCUGUGGGACCUGCGCCCCCUGGGGUUGACCGGUAACAAGGUGGAGAAGGUGUGCGAGCUGGCGCACAUCACGCUGAACAAGAACGCCGUCUUUGGAGACAGCAGCGCUCUCUCCCCAGGGGGCGUCCGAAUCGGGACUCCUGCCAUGACGUCACGUGGCCUCAAGGACGCGGACUUCGCCCAGGUCGCGGAGUUCUUGGAGCGCGCCGUCAACAUCACGCUUGCGGUCCAGAAGGAACACGGCAAGCUGCUCAAGGAUUUCAACAAGGGCCUGGAAGGCAACAAGGACAUUGAGACCCUGCGCGCAGACGUCGAGAAGUUUGCAUCCUCGUUCGAUAUGCCAGGGUUCGACGCCUCUGCCCUGAAGAAGUAAAUUAGGUCAAGGUGACGAAGGGUGGAGUGGAACCCUCAUUGAGGGGUUUUCAGAAAGUUUCCGGACAUGUCGAGUUGCUCGAAUAGUGGAUUGGUGCCAAGGUGCGUCUCUUAUGUUAGAGGGAAACAUUGCAGGCAUUCAGUGUACCUAUUAGUGAUUGACUGGUAACCCGCAUCAUGGGCUGUGAUUGAAGUUAGUGAAGCCUUAAAAAGGUUAUAAGCGAACAAUACGGUUCCAAAGUACUUUACAUGCUUGUCGAACCUUUCGUUGGCGUCGAUCAGGUCCUUCCGGAUCAUGAGAAUGCUCCUUAGGUCAGCGCCCAAAAUGACGAUAUUUUUCCAAAUAACCGUCGAACAUGACAGUUUCUUGCGGACUCAUACAGAUUUGAGAACAGAGAUCUGAGACUUGUAUUUAUAAGACCCUUGAAACUUGUGCGCGUCUAUUCAAACCACUAUCGAUGAUUUGCUGGCACGUAAUGAUAUUCAAAGAUGGAG